AUGCCAGUUGAACAAAUUGAAGAACCAUCCAUAAAAUAUGAAGUAACUUCAAAGUUCAUUAAUUUUGUAAAAAAAAAUGUUAAAUUAAAUGAUUUACCAGAAAGCAUUAAAGCUUUUAUAAAAUCAAAUGAUAAAAUAUUAGUUAUAAAACUUGGUGAUAUUAAUUGGAUGGAUGGUUAUUUAAAAAAUUAUCGUGAUAAAUCAAAUGAUAAAGUAUAUCUUCAUGAAUUAUUAUCGGGUGGUCGUUUAAUUUUACCAGAGCCAAAAGUAACACCAAGAAAUCCAAUAUUAGAAGCAAGAGUCCAAAAAUUACAGGCACAACAAGACGCCAGAGACUACGAGGCAAUGACCAAAGGUGUUGAUUCACAUAGGAAAAAUCUACCAGAAGAUACACUUGCAUAUCAAAUGAAGGAAAUCAAUCGACAUUUAAUUGCUGUUGCGCAAUUUAUAUUUUCUGUAAUAGCUGGUUUUCUAUUUGGCUAUAUUGGAAUUGAAUAUGGCAUUGGACCACAAGAUUUUGGAUUUAAAUUAUUAUUAGGAAUAAUAUGUGCACUUAUUGUUGCACUUGCUGAAAUUUAUUUUUUGGCUAAAAAACUCAAUGAGGAACAUUCAGUACCACUUAGACCAGCAAUUUACACUAAACCUCAUCAAGAAUAAAAUUAUUAAAAGCAUUUAUCAGAUAUAUUUACUUUAAAUUAACAAAAAAAAAAACAAAAAUGGGUUAUCUAUUUUGUAGAAAAAAAAGUAUAUUUAUCAAUUAAUUAUAACAAGUUAAACUUGAAAUGAAAAAUAAUAAAUGUAAUGUUCAGUAUUCGCUACUUUCUUUAUUGUAAAUAAAUAAAUAUAGUAUUACUGAAUUUUUACAUUCCAUAAAUACAAAAUUAUAAAAAA